AAAAUUCAAGUAUUCUUUUUUCGACUUGUUUUAAAAUUUUUAUUUUUUUGCCUUCACUCUUUGAGUUCUGUGCUCAUCAUGAAUGGGACAGAGGGUCCAAACUUCUACGUGCCAAUGUCCAAUAAGUCGGGCUUGGUGCGCAGCCCGUUCGAGGAGCCGCAGUACUACCUAGCCGAGCCAUGGAAGUAUUCGCUGCUAGCCGCCUACAUGCUCUUCCUCAUGAUCACCGCCUUCCCGAUCAACUUCCUCACUCUGUACAUCACUGUGAAACACAAGAAACUUCGCACUCCCCUCAACUACAUUCUUCUGAACCUAGCUGUUGCCGGUUUGUUCAUGGUUUUCGGGGGCUUCACGGUCACUCUCUAUACCGCCCUGCACGGCUAUUUUAUCCUGGGUGUGACCGGGUGCAAUAUUGAGGGCUUUUUUGCCACCAUGGGAGGUGAGAUUGGCCUGUGGUCGCUGGUAGUUUUGGCUAUAGAGCGGUACAUGGUAGUGUGUAAGCCUGUGUCCUCGUUCCGUUUCGGAGAGAAGCACGCCAUCGCAGGAGUCUGCUUCACUUGGAUCAUGGCCCUCACCUGUGCUGCCCCACCACUGCUUGGGUGGUCCAGGUACAUUCCAGAAGGGAUGCAGUGUUCAUGUGGAAUAGAUUAUUACACCCCAAAGCCUGAAUACAACAACACGUCGUUUGUCAUCUACAUGUUCAUCCUCCAUUUCUGUAUUCCGCUUCUGGUCAUCUUCUUCUGUUACAGCCGUCUUCUGUGCACUGUUCGUGCGGCUGCAGCUCAGCAGCAGGAGUCAGAGACCACUCAGAGGGCAGAGAAAGAGGUCACCCGGAUUGUGGUCGUUAUGGUGAUCGCGUUCCUGGUGUGCUGGUUGCCGUAUGCCAGUGUCGCAUGGUACAUAUUUGCCAACCAGGGUACUGAGUUCGGACCUGUUUUCAUGACCGCGCCAGCGUUCUUUGCCAAGGCGGCGGCCUUUUAUAACCCUGUCAUCUACAUCUUUCUCAACAGACAGUUCAGGAACUACAUGCUGAUCACCCUGUGCUGUGGGAAGAACCCGUUCGGUGAGGAUGAGACCAGCACUACGUCCUCUGCAAAGACCCAGUCAUCUGUGGUCACCACGAGCCAGGUGGCCCCCGCCUGAACCUCUGACCUCUGACCUCCAGCCUAUUCUACCACACCCCAGUAUACCUUGAACACCAUGAGUGAAGUAGCCUUCUGUUGGCCGACCUUUAAGUGGUCAGUUGUCUGUUCUUGACAUUUAUG